GUUAUCUCUGUAUGUGUGUGUGUGUUCUCAUGUUCUCUCCUCCUCUCUUGUCUGCAGAUGUCUGUGAUCUCACACUGGACCCCAACACAGCAAGCAGAAAACUCUCUCUCUCUGAGGAGAACAGAAAGGUGACACAUGUGGAUAAGCAGCAGCCGUAUCCUGAACACCCAGAGAGAUUUGACUCCACAUACUAUCUUCAGGUGUUGUGUAGAGAGGGUCUGACUGGACGCUGCUACUGGGAGACUGAGUGGAGUGUUGGUGGUGGAGCUGAUAUAUCUGUGGCCUAUAAAAGCAUCGAGAGGAAAGGGGUCAGUGAUGACGUCAUAAUGGGACGGAAUGUCAAGUCCUGGAGUCUGUACUGCUCUCAUCACAGAUACUCUGCCUGCCACAAUAAUAAACACACUAUCAUACCUGCCCCCUCCUCCGGCUCCAGAACAGUAGGAGUUUACCUGGACUGGCCGUCCGGCACUCUGUCCUUCUACAGCAUCUCCACUGACACACUCACCCACCUGCACACGUUCCACUCCACAUUCACUGAGCCCCUCUAUCCAGGGUUUUAUGUUUAUCCUGGCUCCUCAGUGUCCCUGCGCAAGAUCACAUGAGCUCGUCCUCCAACAGACUUAAAUUCAUCAAGUCAAGACACUCCAACAUUCCACAGUAACCACGUAACCGUAGCAACAUCCAUUGUGAUGUUUGUUCUGUGGCCCUGGCAGUUGAGCAGGGCUUGUUGCUAUGGCAAUAGUUCCAGCUUUGGCCCAUAGACUGUAUAAAGAACUGCAGGAACUCCAGUCACACACACUCCUGUUCAUACAUGUAAUGUAUGUAUGUAUGUAUGUAUGUAUAUAUGUACAGUAUAUUCAGUUAUAUAAUUACUGUUCUGAUGAAACUAAACAAAUGCUGAUAUUGCUUUCUUUAUAUUAUGCUCUUC